CCUCUAUACAUUUACUUUUUAAUUGUUUAGUCUUUGAUUUUAUCAUUGUAUUUCUGUGUUAGGAGUCCCAGUCCUUCUAUAUCAAACUGAUCCUAGGUCAGCAGUCUUUCAGAGAAACUUCCCUGAUACUGACCAGAAAUGUGGGAACAACUUUGUGGAAAGAACCAAACCUGGGCCAGGGGUACCAUGGUUCAAACACUCAACAACAUGGAGGAACUUAGAGAUUCUGAGUUUGGUCGUCCCAAGCCCAGACACGGGCUCAAGCUUCUUUACUGGUUCGCCAACAAUUAUAUUGUCUUCAAUGAAGACCACCAAAUGGUGGCACAAUACGACCCUGAUGAUGGGGACUUUGGUUUCCAUCCCUUCCACAACAGACUGGAAUGUGGGAACAAUGACUGCAGGAGGCUCCUUCCUGAUGAUGGAAACCAGUUUUUUGAGGUAGGAAACCUCCACUUCUCAGUAUCUAAAUCCAUGCCUAAAUAUGUCUGGAAAGAUUACAGCGGAUACCCUGGCGACAGCAACAUGGACCGCCUCAUCAUCAGCAUGCGCCCAGAUGAGAUUGUGGAUAAGGUCUAUGUGACUCAGCAUGACGACCUAAUGACCUUUGACCCCGUCAAUACCUAUCGCAUCAGCAGAGGGUUGCUCAUGAUCAUCUGUGGCCAUAGAUCUGCAGGCAUGUCACUGGGGGACUUCCUGAAUCAAGUGGGCUAUUCUACCCAUCGGUCAAGCAUAUACUCUUGUGAAAGUUCUGCCUGGAGACCUGCUCCAAGCUCCACACACAGGGUUACAACAAUCAAAAUGCAGGCAGAACCGGUAGCUCCACCAGGCUUCUGGGAUUCAUUUUGUACCAUAUUGUAGAUCAGCAGUUCCCAAUCUUGGUCACGCUGGGGACUAUGGUGUGUACAUAUUAUUGUGUGUAUGGUGUGUUUGCCAAUGUUGUGGCCCCAAUCAAAGCUUGCUUUAAGGGCCUCAUAUUUACCAUGACAAUUUUUGUGUUUCCACACACAUAGUGUGCCAAAAUUCUUUCAUUAUAUGCGUGGAAUGCAGCUAGUAUUAUCAGGUACCUUGAACUAAAGUAUUCUAUUGUCAGUUAAAUUAGGAGAGUGAAAGACAGUUUUCUUACUUUCUAGUCCACCCUUGCUGUCUUGCCAGGUGGGCUCUCGUCGCCACUGGGAUGCCCUCCCUCCAAUGCCCUUCGGGGGAAG